CCAACAAAAUAUCCACCGUGACAACGAAGAGAGAGAGUGAGUGAGAGAGAGAUGAGUGAGAGAGAAGUGCCUAGGAGAGAGAGUCCAUGGGGAAGGCCCGAAGGAGACACUCGUCAGCCGAAAGCUCACCGAUGCAACGAUCGUGUUGAAGAUGUUGUUCAAGCAUGCUUUGAAGGUAACCCUUUUAAGACGGUACCUGGCCCGUUCAAGCUUUUCUGGCAAUGCAUGCAGUCCAACCCCGGGGAAGAACCAACUGAACCAUUCUACUAUUUACAAUUGCCACCCCCCACUAGAGAAGUGAAACUCGAGUAACAAUCUUAAAA